AUGAAUAAAUUUAUAAUAUUUAUAUUGUUAUUCAUUUAUUUAAUAACAAUAGUAAAAGUUGAAACUAAAGAUAAUCUUUCAGAUUAUAUAACAACAAUAGACUUAGGAUGUACCCAAUAUGUAGUCAGUCCAACAUCAUCUUAUAUUAUACCAGAUAGAUUCAAUUUUAGAAUAAAAGUUAUUUUUAAUGGUGGUCCAAUGUAUCUUAUUGAUAUUCCAUUUUAUGAUCCUUCAAUAGAUACUACUUCAAAGAUGGUUGAUCUCAUUAAACAAAAAACAUUAGUUUACAUGUAUGACAAUAAUACAAAAAUUAAAUAUGUCAUCAAUACUCUCAUGAUCCUUAGCGAUCGUGAACUGUACUUUUAUUUUAAAGAUCUUCCGAUUUCAGGUCAACUUACAUUUGUAACAGAAACCUGUUUUUCACAAUCUGAUAGAUUAUACAUUGGGCCAAGAUCGAUUGCUACCUAUUCAACAAAUGGUACCGCACCAUUGCCACCAAAGAUAAAUAGCUACACCUCUUAUUGUCCUAGAGAACCCGUUAGCUCUAGUACCUGGAUGACCUUGGCGCCGAGUGCAUUGAGCAUAUCACCAAUCGUUACGGUCAAUCCAAUUGUAUGUUCUUCUUCCAUCGAUGUUUGCAGGAGCAAUCCAGGUUUAGGCUAUUAUUUGAAGGUUGUAUUCGGUUUAAAUAUCGCUGAUGGUCAAGCUAAUAUACAAUUGGGUUUUAAACUUUCAAGUGAAAUCUAUUCUAUUAAAUCUCAAUUAAAUGUUGUUGGUAACGAUACUAGAGUUGAAACAGCUUUGUCAAGAGGUAACUCUUAUUCAAUUCCUGACGAAAGUUUAAUUGAACCAAACUCUCUUAUGCAAUCUGUGACGAAAUUCACCAGUAGAUAUCCUAUCACCAACGUUGAGCUAGCUUCAUAUUUCCAACAAUACAAUAGUGGUGUUAUACCGAAAGCAAUCAUGAGAAAUUCAACUCAUAAAGAUAUACCUCUAGAAAAAAACUAUAAUUAUAAUAAACUAAUAGAAGAUAGAGAUAGUAAUACAUACUUUAUAUUUAUCUACAGUGAUAAUUCAAAUGUAACGAUUACUACAAGUUUUGGGUAUGGUGUUUUCUUUCAGUGGUACGAGACUGAAGGCAUUAAAUGUCCUGCUGGCUCUAAUAGAAAUCCUUUUACAAACGACGCACCAUUUGAUACGAUUCACUAUUGGGGUACAUCGGGAAUACCUUACUUUUCAUAUCAAAUCACUAGCUUUGCCAAUACCAACGUAACCAGAUCACUAAAUCUAGGUUUUCAAAAUCAAACCUUUGAUUUUACUGACAAUAAUAACUACAGCUCUCCAAACAUGACAAUUAAACUCACUACAAAAAGUAAUAGUGAAUUUACAAAUAAAUUAAUUGAUUUAAAUGGUAUUACAAUUUUACAAACAUCGGAUCCAUCGACAGAUAUAACAAGUGCAUUGUUUAUACCAACAAAAGAUCUUGGACAACAGUGUGGUCAAAAUGGAAUGUUACCCAGCACUUUUUAUGGACAACCUAAUUUCUGUGAUUUGCCAUAUGGUUCUUGUAUCUAUAGUCUUAGCAAGAUCAUUCAGAAUGGUCAGAAUACAGCUAAUAAAAUUCUACCGAUUUGGGAUUCGACUGGUGGUUAUGCCAACGAUGGAGUUACACCAAGAAUCACUAUCAAUCUCAAUAGCAUGACAAUGCUCAAUCGAUAUGAUAAUGCCGUCCUCGAGAUGCAUAUCAAUCCUUUCUCAUUGCCGUACUACGAGCCAAGAAUAGUGGAGAGCGGUAUCUCUAACAAUAGAACUACUGCCAGAGCGGACAAUGGAUGUGACGGAACAUUCUCGGUGGAUGUUUCGAACUCUGGCGAUGCAUCGGGAGUAUUCAAUAUCGAUUUGCAGUGUAACCAACCGACACCCAUGAGAAUACUAAGUCUCUUCCAAACACUGAAGCCAGGUCAAACUCUGCCUUUCUCUGUUCAAAUAUUGUUUGAUAGAUUCUAUAGACCUGCACUGGAAUGUACAGUAACUAUCAACAUUAGAUCUCAGACACUCUGGUCAACCGUUGACAAAGUCGCUUCGAAAACAUUCGCUAUUCCACAAUACCCAGAAUGCAAUAUUGUAGAUCCAUGCAUUGGUGUCACCAGUGAACCGCAACUGGAAGUUUUGGGAUUCAACCAAGAUGCCAACUUCACUAGAAAUCGCGUAUUCGUUUUUGAUAGAGAUAUUGUUGUCACGGUCAAAAAUAGCGGUAAGGUAACUGGAGAGUUCCAGACAACAGUGACAUGCAGCACAUCAAAUCAAACCAAUUUCUUCUUUAAAGAUGGUGAUAGCUCCGUAGUUACAACUGUAAAACCAGGUCAAACUAUUACCCAAACAAUGGUUUUGAUGGCAGAAGCCUAUCCAUAUUCAAACGUAACCAUCGAUUGUAGUUUGAAGACUUCCAUCUACAAUGCAAGUAUCUGUUGGCCGACUGCAAACAACCAGGUUGUGGUCACUCAAUUCUCUCAUAGAUAUCCAAAUGAUACUUGUGUUUCUCAAGAUGUUGAUCGUCCGCUGAUUAGCCAACCAUUGAAAUUCUGGCUUGACAACUAUAACAACAACAACAGUCAACCUAAUCUAGAUAUAGUUGUAAGCAACUCUGAAUGGAUCCCAGCUCUAUACUAUUCCUUACCUUCACAACACCCAUUAGCAAUACAACCAGACGCCAACAACCAAGGCCAUAUUUACUCAGACGCUACACAAACCAAUACACUCUAUGCCAGUAUAUUCACGAUGCCACUCAACAAUGUUGGUGCUUCCGGUGGAAGAUUCUUGUUUAACUUUACAUGUCCGAAUCAGUUUAUCGCUGAUCCACAGUACCAAGUGAUUCAACUUCAAGCACUGACCAACACCACCUUACAAUGGAAUGUUUACAGUUAUUCAACCAAUUUGGAUAAUCCGUUGUAUCUAUGCAAUCUCUCUAUUGGUAUCGAUAAUCCUAGUAAAUGUUGGAAUGGUAUCGGUGUUAACUAUACACAACAGAUAGAAAUCUAUCCAAAUUACAAGAAAUGCUCUGGAAAUUACUAUUUGGCAUCGCUCGGUCCCGAUUAUAGAUUGGUAGAUAAUAUGUAUUUCAGUAGUUGGACAAUCAAAAAUGGAAUGACAUGUAUCGACUUAUCGGUUUUAGUUGGAAAUAUUGAGAUUGGUUCGGCAACCGUCUAUUCCAAUUUGAUAGGAUACACCGAUGCCAUUGAGAAAACAUCUUGUUGGUUGAAUUCUCAAUCGAAUUGUACUAUUAGCUAUACUAUUUGUUCGAACACCUCUGCAACCAUAUCAACAUCACUAACGCUGUCGAUUGACAAUGGUUGUCCAGGAGGUUACACCGAUCAAAGCUAUCAAUUUACUUUAUCGCCGCCAGCCAUCGAAUCAUGUGUAACUGCACCAUCGAACCCAUCAACAACAGUCUCUUUAAUAUCCAAUUACACAAUCCAAUAUAUUGAUCGUAAUCAAUGGUUGAAAAGAGAUUUAGAAUCAAAACAUUUAUCAUUUCCAAUCGUUUUAAAUAAUAUUGGAGAUGAUAUGCUACUGGUUGUUACAAGCAAUUCAAAUGUUUCCGGUCCAACUAUUACUAUUGACUAUCAGAAUUCAAUACUAGAGUGUUUGGUUCAUGGCAAAUCACACUGUACAAUGUGGAUGACUGUCAUUUACAACAAUACACUCAUUGACUAUCCAAAUGCAAUUAUAUCAUUGGAGUUUGCAGCUACGGAUCCGAUUGAUCUCAAUAGUACAUCUUGUCUUCGUCCUCCAUCUACCAGCAGAGCAAAUAUGACCAUCAAUAUUGAACUACCAAAACCAAUAUGUAGCAACUCUCCAAGUCAAGCUUCAUUCUUAUUUACCACUGAGCAAUUCAGAGAUAAUCCAAGCAUUAUAUCCGUUACAAGCAAUCCAUUAUCAAUAUAUUUUGGUAAGUGGAUUAUAAAUAACAACAACAACAACAACUGGACAGCUCCAUAUGAAAAUGUGAUGUUUGGGCAACUACAGAAUCGUGGUAAUGGCUCAGGUAUUAUGAUAUUGAAUAUCGAGUGUUUCAACAAUCCAACAACCCAAUCGCUGCUUAUUGAUACCAAUGGAUUCACCAACCAUAGCUAUCUAAUGUAUCCCAACGAAAUAAUUCCAUUCAAAUUCAAUCUCUAUACUUUGAACGACAAACAAGUACUGCCUCUCAAUUGUAUUGUCAGAGCAAAAUUCCAGACUGAACUGUGUUGGAGUGAUUAUGGAACUCAGUUGAGUCAAAUCUUUCAGAUUCCUUUCAACGCUGCACCAAUCCCUCAGACCGAUGACAACUACACAUCCUCGAUACUCAAGAAACUGCUUAUGGGAAUAUUCAUACCGUUGGCCGUAUUAUUAGCAUCGUUACUUUUGUUGGCAGUAUACAGACAACAGCCAUGGAAGAGUUUGAAACGAUCAUCGGUUGCACAAACAAAACCAGUAGCAACACCAACACCAGCACAAGUAGUUGCUACUCCAACAAUACCAGUGAACUGUAUUUGUGGAGAUCCGAUAUUCUCUACAUGCACAGAAUGUCCGCCACCCGGUAAUAUAUAUUGUGCAAAAGAAACAUGUCAGAACUACAAUCUUUCUGGAACGAUUCAUCAGUUUACACAUCAACAUCCACAUCCACUGGGUAUUGAUACUAAAGAAAAUUACUUGAGCAGAAGUUAUCAAUUUGAAAUCGAUGAUUAUGCUGAAUCAAGAAAACAACAAUUGUUUGGUAGAAAUACAGAGUAG